AUGGUGCACCCCGAUAAUAUCUCAAGAGAAUUAGUUCAUUUAGUCGAUGUUUCUCCGAAUGUUGAAGGGAUAGUCGUAAAGGCGGUAGAUGUCAGCGGUGACUUUAAUAACAGGCAAGAGUUUUAUGAUCGGGAAAGCAUGCUCACAUGGAUUUGUAGAAAUGCAACUAACCUUGGUUUUGAUACGGUAAUAGGAAGAUCGGAUAAUGGUACGGCAAGAAGAAACGCUUUCGUUACAACGUUGUGCGAAAGAAGCGGGAAAUACCAUCCUCCUCUAAGGAAGUUUAAAAGAGAUGGCACGGGUACUAGAAAAUACGAGUGUCUAUUUAAAAUCUGUAGUUACAUGGUGGCUAGCAAGAAGUGGAGAUUUAGUGUUAUUUGUGGUUUGCAUAACCAUGACAUGUGCGGAAAAUUACAAGGUUAUCCUAGUGUAUGUCGGCUCAAUCCAGAAGAGAAGACAUGUAUUAAUGACAUGUCCUUAAAUCUUGUUCAACCGAAAAAUAUACUUGUCACGUUGAAACGGAAGGAACCCGACAACGUAUCAAAUAUAAGUGAGGUUAAACCCGUGGUGGGGACGGAACAAGUAGAGACCGAAGGUGGAAAAUCGGUGAAGCCCGGUGUGAUUGUUGAACAAAUAAUGGAUGCAUGGACUCGUAUUGUAAAUUCUUCGACAAAAGAACUAUAUGCCGAUUCCGUUAUUCAUUUUCGAAAAGUGUGUAAAAAAGUUGAGUCGGCACAUGCUAGUUUGAAAUUUUGGUUGGCUAAUAGCAAGGGUGACUUGUGUCGAGAUUGGGACACCAUAAAUCUAAUGAUUAAAAACCAACACAAUGAGAUACAAACCACAUUUGGUCGGAGCAUUACGGUGUUGGAACAUCGAUAUAGGGACAACAUUCUUUAUUCUCAAUUGAUCGGCAAUAUGUCACAGGCCAGGUUGAAUUAUAUUUUUCACGAGGUGAAACUGUCGGUUCUGAUAGCGCAAAGUGUGGUUGCACUAUUACUAGAACGAGAAAAAUCGAAUAUCUCGAUUACUUCCGAAUUGGAAGCCAUACAAGAGAGGUUUCUGAAGGCCGAUGACAACAUGAAACUUCACAUCAAAGAACAAUUGCAGAAGAUUGGAUAUCCCGAAACAACUGACAUGAAUUCUCAACCGGUUAAGACAAAGGGUGCUCCGAAGAAAUUGAAGCCUACACCGAAUGACAACUCGACUACACGGGCUCCUUCAUAUUGUGAGCAUGCAGAUAAACUUUUUCCCGACUCAUCGACUCCUAAAUCUCAAAAAUCUCCAAAAAGUUCAAACAAAGGAGCGCGCAUAUGA